UUGAUCUAUCAAUUACCCAGUGUGCGUUCAUUAAUGGCCAUUGUGACUCCAGACCUCAAUAAGAACGGACGUUUCAUUUUAAUAUUGAAUUAUGAAGUUGUUACUUAUUGUGUUGGCUGCCGUGUCCUUCUCAAGUGGUGUUCAAUACAAUGGAUUACGCGUGAAAUUCGGAUGGUCAGAUGCUUUGGCCGACAAAGAGUACUUCUUCAGUUUACCCCGGACCAUGAGUGAAGCAGAGAGCAGUGGCUGGCGAAGAAUCGCGAGACCUCCCGGACCUCUGCCGGAGCUCAGGUUGUACUGCACGGCGGGGAGAUAUGUCUGUCCACUGUUUGAUACGGCUGGCUUUGUUGCUGGGCUGCAGAUUGGGUUCCCCGUGGAGGAGUUCGAUUCACCAACGAUAAAGCCGGAGAAAAGGUUAGUGAGGUGGCACGCACCGGCCACGGACUCCGAACCCGCGCGGGACUAUUGGACUGCUACACAAUAUUAUGUGUCUGAAGAAUCUUUAAAAGCUGGCGCAGGACCCCAAGUAGAGAAUGGAGCGACGCUGCAAGAUGGCGGGGUGUGGGUUAAGGAUCUUGAAGGACAACUCAUCAGGAUCCCCAGCACUGAGGCUGAAUUGAACACAACUCUGUUUAAAAAACAAAACUGCAUUCCUAACAUGGGUACUCACUACUACUGGAAUAUGACGCGCGAGAAGAGCUGUGACGAACUGUUGCCCUGGUUCCCGCUGGUGACCAACCAUGAUCUGGUUGGAGUCGGAUUCCAGAUCUUCGGCAGUCUUCCCGACGUACCCAAAAAUCAACGCGAUUGGUUUGAGAAGUAUAAUGGAGGCAGAUUAACUACUGAGUUGGUGAUGCCAUAUGCACCGGAGUGUCUCCUUCAACUUUCGGAACAUUACAGCAUAAUUUCUCUUCAUGUUUACUUUAUAAAUGACCCAUGGAAUAUUAAAUGCACAACGGGAGAUUCAAUUAAACCUGCGUCAGUUAUCAACAGAGCAAAGCUGACAGGAGUCAGGUACGCCAGUAAAGUGAUGGACGAGGUGAAAAAACUGUUCUCAUAAUCCAUACCCCAUAUUCUACCAUACCCUACGUGUUACGAGGAGCUUCAAGAACAAUUUAUCUUUUAAUGUAUUUGAAAUUAAAUUUUGAAUGCAACAAA